GGCAUCCAGGUGGUGAUGGAGGAUCAACCCAUGAAAGACAACCUUUACCUGGGCAUCGUGCUGGCCGCCGUUGUCGUCGUGACGGGCUGCUUCUCCUACUACCAGGAGGCCAAGAGUUCCCGCAUCAUGGAUUCCUUCAAGCACAUGGUCCCUCAGCAAGCCCUGGUGAUCCGGGACGGCCAGAAGAUGCAUAUCGCCGCAGAGCUCGUGGUCGUGGGGGACCUGGUGGAGCUGAAGGGAGGCGACCGGAUCCCUGCCGACCUGCGGAUCAUCUCCGCCAGCGGCUGCAAGGUGGACAACUCCUCCCUGACAGGGGAGUCGGAGCCGCAGAGCCGCUCCUCGGAGUUCUCCCAUGAGAAUCCACUGGAGACCCGCAACCUCUGCUUCUUCUCCACGAACUGUGUGGAAGGCGCGGCCCGGGGCAUCGUCAUCCUGACGGGCGACCACACGGUGAUGGGCCGCAUCGCCUCGCUGGCCUCCGGCCUGGAAGAGGGCCCCACCCCGAUCGCCCUGGAGAUCGAGCACUUCAUCCGCAUCAUCACGGCGGUGGCCGUCUUCCUGGGAGUGACGUUCUUCGCUCUGUCGCUCUUCCUCGGCUACACCUGGCUCGAAGCCGUGGUGUUCCUGAUCGGCAUCAUCGUGGCCAACGUCCCAGAGGGGCUCCUGGCCACCGUCACGGUGUGCCUGACGCUCACGGCCAAGCGCAUGGCUCGCAAGAACUGCCUGGUGAAGAACCUGGAGGCCGUGGAGACGCUGGGCUCCACCUCCACCAUCUGCUCCGACAAGACGGGCACCCUCACCCAGAACCGCAUGACGGUCGCCCACAUGUGGUUCGACAACCAGAUCCACAACGCCGACACCACCGAGGACCAGGCCGGGGCGAUGUUCGGCAAGCGGUCGCCCACGUGGGUGGCCCUGGCCCGCGUGGCUGGCCUCUGCAACCGGGCAGACUUCAAGGCGGGCCAGGAGGGCGUCCCCGUGGUGAAGAGAGAGACGACUGGGGACGCCUCCGAGUCCGCACUGCUGAAGUGCGUCGAGCUCUCCUGCGGGCCGGUGGCGGCGAUGCGAGCGAAGAACGCCAAGGUGGCCGAGAUCCCCUUCAACUCCACCAACAAGUACCAGCUGUCGGUCCACGAAGCCGAGGACAAGCCCAAAGGCCACCUCCUGGUGAUGAAAGGGGCCCCCGAGAGAGUGCUGGACUUCUGUGCCACCAUCCUGCUGCAAGGGAAGGAGGUGAGCCUGGACAAGAAGAUGAGGGAGGCCUUCCAGAGCGCCUACGAUGAGCUGGGCGGGCUGGGAGAGCGGGUGCUGGGCUUCUGCCACUGCUACCUCCCCGAGCGCCCCUUCCCACGGGGCUUCAAGUUCGACGUGGAGAAGGUCAACUUCCCGCUCAACAAGCUGUGCUUCGUUGGGCUCAUCUCCAUGAUCGACCCGCCACGGGCCGCUGUGCCAGACGCGGUCAGCAAGUGCCGGAGUGCCGGGAUCAAAGUGAUCAUGGUGACCGGGGACCACCCCAUCACGGCCAAGGCCAUCGCCAAGGGGGUGGGCAUCAUCUCCGAGGGAAACGAGACCGUGGAGGACAUCGCCGCCCGUCUCCACGUCCCCGUCGGCGAGGUCAACCCCCGGGAAGCCCAGGCGUGCGUGAUCCACGGCUCCGAGCUCAAGGACCUGUCUGCGGAGGAGCUGGACGAGAUCCUGCGCAACCACUCGGAGAUCGUCUUCGCCCGGACGUCCCCCCAGCAGAAGCUGAUCAUCGUGGAGGGGUGCCAGCGGCAGGGGGCCAUCGUGGCGGUGACCGGUGACGGGGUGAACGACUCCCCGGCCCUGAAGAAGGCCGACAUCGGCAUCGCGAUGGGCAUCGCCGGCUCCGACGUCUCCAAGCAGGCCGCGGACAUGAUUCUGCUCGACGACAACUUCGCCUCCAUCGUGACGGGCGUGGAAGAAGGCCGGCUGAUCUUCGACAACCUCAAGAAGUCCAUCGCCUACACGCUGACCAGCAACAUCCCGGAAAUCUCCCCGUUUCUGCUCUUCAUCAUCCUCAACAUCCCGCUCCCGCUGGGCACCAUCACCAUCCUCUUCAUCGACCUGGGCACGGACAUGGUGCCGGCCAUCUCCCUGGCCUACGAGACGGCCGAGAGCGACAUCAUGAAGCGCAAGCCGCGCGACGCCAAGGCGGACAAGCUGGUGAACGAGCGCCUCAUCGGCAUGGCCUACGGGCAGAUCGGCAUGAUGCAGGCGCUGGCCGGCUUCUUCACCUACUUCGUGAUCAUGGCCGAGAACGGCUUCCUCCCGCACGCCUUGCUCGGGCUCCGCCUGGACUGGGACGACCGCUCCAACAACGACCUGGAGGACAGCUACGGGCAGCAGUGGACGUACAGCCAGCGCAAGCAGGUCGAGUUCACCUGCCACACGGCCUUCUUCGUCAGCAUCGUGGUGGUGCAGUGGGCCGACCUGAUCAUCUGCAAGACGCGCAAGCUCUCGCUCUUCCACCAGGGGAUGAGGAACAAGAUCCUGAUCUUCGGCCUGCUCGAGGAAACCGCCCUGGCGGCCUUCCUGUCGUACUGCCCGGGGAUGGACGUGGCCUUGCGCAUGUUCCCACUCCGGAUCACGUGGUGGCUGUGCGCCCUGCCCUUCAGCCUGCUGAUUUUCGUCUACGACGAGGUGCGGAAGCUCAUAAUCCGCCGACAGCCAGAAGGAUGGGUAAAAAGGGAAACCUACUACUGA